UGACGGAGCUGGGCGGAAGCGGCUGAAGUUUUGGUGAAAAUCUCAGAGAGUUUUGGGUGAUUUGGAGUCGCCAACUCAGCGUGUGUCUUGGUUGGGAUUGAGGUGGGGAUGGAGCCGAUCAACAUCUGGAGCCCCGGGAAGGUCUCGCUGUGGUUACAAGGCUUGGAUAACAGUGUGCAGAAAUAUCCAUUUGAUCAAUGGCAGGUGAAUGGAGAGCAACUCCUGCGACUAUCACAGCAAGACCUGGAAGAGCUUGGUGUGAAACGGAUAGGACACCAGGAGCUGAUUCUGGAAGCAGUGGAGCUACUGUGUGCACUGACCUAUGAUUUAGAGACGGAGAAUUUGAAGAUUUUGAUGGAGAAGUUGAGAGCUGUCUCUGGAACCCUUCAGUCCUUCAUUGUCAAUCGGAGGAAGGUCAGCCCAGGUCCACAGAAACCUUCUGGAGACCUCCUCACCUCUGUCAUAGAUCUUCUUCAAACCACCAAAGCCAUCUUUUCUUGGCUGAACAGGUACCCUUUUAUAUGCAUAAUUAAUUACUCUGCCGUGAAGAAAGAGAUCAUCAGGUUAUGUGUGGAGCUGGCAGAAACUAUUCACAAGGAAUGCAGCCAGACAGAGAAAGAAAAUCGGAUAUUGAGCAUUUGCAGGGAACUCUCCAGUUUCUGUGAAAACAUGGUGAUGGGUAGCCCCGAAGUGUUGGUGAACCAAUGCGCUUGCCUGGAAACUAUCCAUCUACUCACCACCUCACCAGGGCAGAGUCUGGGAAUUGAAAUCAAAUCGAAUAAUGGGCUGCAUUUUAUCACAGGAACCACAGUAAAUUCUCCAGCUUAUCGCUCUCAGAAAAUUCGACCAGGAGAUGAGGUCGUCCAAGUGAAUGAUAUGGUUGUAGUUGGGUGGACAUUGCAUAACCUGGUUGCCAAACUGCGGGAGAAUCCAAAUCAAGUAGUCCUCAUUAUGAAAAAGGUGCCCCUUGACAUAUCACCAUCUUUCAGUUUCUCUGACGAUGUUCAGCUGCAGCAACCCCACCUAACAACACAGGUGCAGAGAAGCACAUCAGAAGAUGCAGGAGCAUCGCCAGACGCAAGUGUGCUGUCUGAGAGAUCUGCCCAGUUCUCACGGAGAGAGAGGGUAGGAAUCCAACAGGGUGCAAAACCUGACUGCAACACCUUUGAAACUAGUGCAAGCUGUGAAGACAAGGAUAAGCCAUUGCCAUCUGAAUCCUACUCUGAAAUUGGGUCCGAGUCUGAUGGAGAAAGUGAUCAAAUGCAGCCAGUACAACAGUCUAACACUGAGGGUGAGCACAUGCAGGUAGCAAGUCUGAUGUCUGAAGGGGGCACUGUGACCUCAUGUGAUGGAGAAGAGCUUGUAAGUGAUGGAACAUUAACUCCACAAUCUCCAAGAAUAAUUCAGCAUCAAAACAUUGAAGAUAGAAUGAAGUAUGAUUCUGACUGUGAGGGAAGACCAAGACGAGCAAAUGAUGAGAGAGCGGGGCAGUUACGGAACAGACGAAAGAAAAAAGGAGUAGCAACUGCUCUUAGUCGUAGACGGAUAUCAUGCAGGGACCUCGGUAUGGGCGAGUGUUAUGGCUGGCUCUGGAAGAAGAAAGAACAAUUUAGAUUCAUGUCACAAAAAUGGAAACGCUGCUGGUUUGUGCUGAAGGGACCCAAUCUAUACUGGUACAACAGUGAGAAUGAUGAGAAAGCCGAGGGAUUAAUCAAAUUGAUUUCGUACUCUGUGGAGGCAGCUGGAGAGCACAAGAGAAAAUUUGUAUUCCAGCUUUGUCACCAAAAGUUCAAGUCCUUUGUCUUUUCAGCAGACAAUGUGGAUGAAAUGAGGAAGUGGAUUAACAGUCUCAUCAGUGCCAUUCAAAAGUACAAAACUGAAAAAUCCUCUGAAAACAAAGAGGAAGACUGCUGGAGUGAGACAGAGACUGAAGAAUGUGAUGAUUCUCCAGAAAUAUCUGGCACUCCUCGAUCCAAAUCCUACCUUAAGAGCAAUGAUCUUUCGCCUAUAGAACGAUUCAGACAUUCAUCAGGUAACUAUGGACAAGUUGGAUGCAGUGGAGACACUGGCCGUCUUAGUGCGCCAUCCAGCCCCAGUAAGGAGAGAAAGCCUUUUCCAGAACCUGGUCAAAGUUCAAAUGAUGAACUGGAGACAUUAAUAAGAGUCUUGCAGCGGGAAGGUGUGUCACUGAUCGGCAAGGAGCAGCCCUUUCGGAAAGAUUAUCAUUGGUCAUUUAUCAGACGAAACAAGAAUCCCAUCAUCAAUGAGAAAGCACAUUAUCUGAGAACACUGCAGAGCACACUGAAGGCAAAGAUGGUAGAUUUACAAGCCAUUAAUAAGAUCCUGCAGGAUCCGAAUUUAACAGCGGAAAAGUUCCGAAUAUGGAAAGAGGAAAAUCAGGAGCUACUGACAGACAUCCGAAAGGUUGAGCAGCUUGCAACUGAAGGAUGGAAAGAGAGGGCCAAGCAGUCAGCUCCUGAACCAGGAGCAAUUAUGACAGAAAUGGGAAUGAGCGCCUCAGGAAAUCCUUUGUCUUGUUUCGAUAUGGAACCAAUAUCAGCAGAAAUCUCAACAUCCAUGUCUGAUGUGGAAUUGGGGAACAGAAAAGGAGAUGGUGCAUCUGUACAAUUGGGAAUUGGAGAAGACAGUUACAUAGAAGAGUUGAAUUGCCAACUCGAAUCCAGCACAGACAGGAAUCCAAACUGCCCCAAAUCAUCUAACAGCUCAAGAGCUGAACUGUGGCAGCCUUCAGAUCAAUAAGAAAUGAGAGAAAUGAAACCCAUGUAUGAGUAUGGAGCUAAGCAUUACUUAUUCAGAAGUCAUUGCCCUGAUGAACAAAUUUGGCAAGCUCCCAGUACAAAUGUUCCUGGGUCUCUUAAGAGUGCAGUCGACUAUUUCACUGAAAAUAUCCUUAUUAAGCAUGACCCUAUACAGAGGAACCUCCAUUAUCUGGCAUAUCUAAUUAUCCGGCAAGAUCGCAAUGUCCCAAUGCUUGGCUA